CAACGUGGUGAUGGCACAGAGCUGCCCCUGCUCCAUUCAUCAUGUCCAGUGGAAACAAUGACAAGACCAUGCUGGUUCUCAGCAAAUGACAGAGCUCUGCAAAUUAAUCAGCCUGACUGGCAGAGGUCUUGGAAAAGUAAACUGAAAUCUGCCUUGCAUGGCUCUAGAGGUUACAUGGCUAUGGAUCAUAUUGCUGCUGAAAGAAGUCAGUAGAGAAAUGUCCCAUGAAAGAGAUUUUGCCUCUACCUAGUGCUUGUAAAGUGGUUUUUCAGCCUUUGGCUUGGCUGAGUUGUUCUAUUGGCAUCAGUGGGUCUAGCUAUCUAAGCUUUUUUAUUUAAGGUGUAAGAAUUGCAGGUUCAACUUUAUGAGAAAUUUCCACAUAAGAGUGUAGUAAUGGCAUCAGCCUUGUAAUUGCCAGAAGAUAGAGCAGAAGGCACACUGGGCUCUCUUGCACUUGCUGCUGGAUUUUUGCAGCAGGCUCUUAGUUGCUAUAUAGUUAUUUUUUUGUCUUGGUGUGAUUUUUUUGAAUUUAUGUUAGUUUUAUCUGAUUAUGACAUUCUAGUCAGAUUUAUUUUAUUUUUGUAUCAGAAGAUAAGGACAGAACUGUAUCAAUUGUGCAAUUUAUGAAGCCUUAAUCCUUGAAAGGAGAUAAAGGUCACAAGUUCUACAACUGUCCUCAGGUUAAGUACAAAUUCCUAACCAGAUUUGUGUAUCAUGUAUCAAUCAGACACUUGUAUCAGACAGAAAAUCCCAACAAUUUCCUACUGCUAGGAGUACUCAAAGUUUGUUGACACCCAGAUAGAGUCAGAAAACUGGUUCUGGUAAUAUUGCCUAAGAAACCAGGCUGACAGCAUCUUUAAAUGCUUAAGGUUUUCAAGCAUCGUCUUGUCAUCUUACUGUGCCCCAUGAAGAACAAGGAGGUGCAGAGGUGUCAGAAGCAGCUGUGCCAGCCCCAGGGCUCUGCAGGGCUGUGUGGACCUGCCAGACACAGAGGAGCCCUGCCUGUUGUGCCAUGCCCUGCCCUGUUGCAACACUGGUUGCAUGUGUCCACCUGUGCCAUGGCUCUGAGUUGCUCUAGAUUAUUCUCUGACCAAUAUCAAACCAUUUUGUGUAUCCUUCAAGCUGUGCAAGGGCAGUUGAAAGCAUCUUUCAGUUUUAUUUCCAGGUGUAGUGGCAUAUCCCUACUCAAUCCCACAUAUGUAUUGCUAGAUAGGGUGUAAAGAAGCAAACACAGAUGGGAGUUUUUCCAUGUAAGGAUUCAGGGAAUUUAGUCUAUGGCUGGUGCUGAUGAAAUGUGGAUGGCUCAAAAGACUCCCUGGGGGUGACUGACCAGCUGAUGGACUGAUGGCUGGUACUUGCUUUGUUGUUGUGGUGUCUCCCCAUUUGUUCAUGAAGUCUUCUACACAUCCAAGGCAGGAAUUGCCUUCAACAUCCAUGUGUCCACAUUCGUCAAAUGUGCAGAGCCUGUUGGGAAGAGCAGCUGGCAGAGGUGCUGGCUGGGACAUGGGAAGCUGCUAAGGGGAGCAGCCCUACUCUGGAAUUUGGUUUGCUGUGACAAUCAAGGACACAAAUCCCAAAUGAAGAAAGCUCCUGGAUGGGAGAGGCUUGCCAGGUAUAAUGCUGUGUCUGUCAUGCUACUCAUAUAAGAAGAGAUUAAAAGACAUUUUUUGAAGCGUUUCUUUGCUCUACUCAGGGCAAUACUGCUGGUUUACAGCUAAAAUACUCUUAAGAUGAACCAUGUAAUUGUACAGAUUACACUGUUAAAAUUUUCAAAACAUUUUGGCAGUUUCUAUGGAGUGACCUCGCGCUAUACCGAGUGUUAUUCGGAGAAAAGAAACAAAGUUUCUCCCUUGGAGGUAUUUAAGAGUAGAAAGACCCGAGACACCCUUAAGAACUGAGAAUCUGACUAAUUUAAACAGAUGGCUAAUCCCAGUGCUGUGUGCAAUGGACAUCUACAUCAUCACAAUCAUCAGAAACAGAAUAACGUCUUAAAAAGUGGAAUAUUUAAGAAAAAUGGAAUCACUAAAGGAAUGAAGAAGAAUGGAGUAUCAAAUGGAACCCUCUACAAAAAAACAUUUAUUGAGCACUUUGAACAGGCACCAAUGUAUGUUGCAGUUUUUACUUUCGUGGGGUUUGCAGUGGGAACAAUAUUUGGCUACCUGCGAGAUUUUAUGAGAGCCUGGGGACUAGAAAAACGUAACAUUGCUGCGGAGAGAGAACAACAAAAAGAUUUUGUGCCACUUUAUCAAGAUUUUGAGAACUUUUGGACCAGGAACCUCUAUUUGAGAAUACGGGAUAACUGGAACCGUCCCAUUUGCAGUGUCCCUGGGCCACAGUUUGACCUCAUGGAACGUGUUACAGAUGAUUACAACUGGACAUUUAGGUUUACAGGAAGGACUAUCAAGAAUGUAAUCAAUAUGGGUUCUUAUAACUACCUCGGCUUUGCAGAAACAGAUGUUAAUGCUUUGAAAACUGUGACCAUAGAGUUAGAAAAAUAUGGGACAGGAGUCUGCAGUACCAGGCAAGAGAUGGGCACCCUAGACAAACAUGUAGAACUAGAGCAACUCGUGGCCAAGUUCCUUGGUGUGGAAGAUGCUAUGGUGUUUGGCAUGGGCUUUGCAACUAACUCAAUGAAUAUUCCAGCCCUUGUUGGAAAGGGCUGCCUCAUUCUAAGUGAUGAGUUGAACCACACUUCUCUCGUUCUCGGUGCAAGGCUUUCAGGUGCCACUAUCAGAAUCUUCAAGCAUAACAAUAUGCAGAGCCUCGAGAAGCUGCUGAGAGAUGCAAUAAUAUAUGGACAGCCUCGCACCCACAGAGCAUGGAGAAAAAUUAUCAUCCUGGUGGAGGGCAUUUACAGCAUGGAAGGGUCCAUCGUGCGCCUGCCAGAGAUAGUCUCCCUGAAGAACAAAUACAAAGCAUACCUCUACUUGGAUGAAGCUCACAGCAUUGGUGCAGUGGGAGCAACGGGCCGAGGAGUUGUGGAAUACUUCGGGAUGAGUCCCAAUGACGUUGAUGUAUUAAUGGGAACGUUCACAAAGAGCUUUGGUGCAGCUGGAGGAUACAUAGCUGGCAAAAAGGACCUUGUGGACUUUUUACGAACUCAUUCUCAUAGUGCUGUGUACGCCACAUCCAUGUGUCCCCCCGUAGCAGAGCAAAUCAUCAGGGCAAUGAAAUGUCUCAUGGGACUGGACGGGACAACACAAGGGCUCCAAAGAGUGCGUCAGCUGGAGAAAAACACAAGGUACUUCAGACGAAAACUGCAUGAAAUGGGCUUCAUCAUUUAUGGCAAUGAUGAUUCUCCUGUUGUUCCCUUGCUCCUUUAUAUGCCUGGUAAGAUAGGGGCUUUUGCAAGACGCAUGUUAGAAAAGAACAUCGGGGUGGUUGUGGUUGGGUUUCCAGCUACUCCUAUCACAGAGUCCAGGGCUCGCUUUUGCGUGUCAGCUGCACAUACACGGGAGAUGUUGGACACGGUUUUGAAUGCUCUGGAUGAAUUGGGUGAUUUUCUACAUCUGAAAUAUUCCCGAUAUUCCAAGUCAGCUCAUCCUGAACUGUAUGAAGAAUCUAGGCUUGAACUUGAAGAUUAAGUUUUCCACCCAUGAAAAGAACAUUAUGAUGCUAUGAAAGGGCGGAAAACCUGAAAACGAAACAAUACAAAUGCAUUUCUUCCCUUCUAAGGACAAUUUUUAUUUCUCAGUUAAUUGAAAGGAGGGGAAGCUCAGGUGUUGCAUCACGUUGUAUCAAACUUCUGUAUUCAAGAGACUGAAAUAUUGAUACAGAUUUGCCUCCCCAGGAGAUCUGUCCUUCUUAAGGUAUUUUUGAUGCAGAGUGAAUGCAUCCAUUGAUCCGGUUGUUAACGUACAGCUUUUGAUAUGGCCCUUUUUUAUGAAGAGGCUUCAGAUAGUCUUAAUUGUGACUGAAAUAAUAAAGUUUAAAAAGUUAAUAGA